AUGAUUUAUUUACUCAUAAAAACUUACCACGAACACCCAAUAGACAGACAUAGAGACAGACGGACUAACAAAGACCCAACAGACAGACAAAGAGACAGAAGGACUUACAAAGAACCGGGAGACAGACAUAGAGACAGAAGGAUUAAUAAAGACCCAGGAGACAGACAAAGAGACAGAAGCACUGACAAACACCCAACAGACAGACAUAGAAACAGAAGGACUGACAAACACCCAACAGACAGACAGAGAGACGGAAGGACUAAUACAGACCCAGGUGACAGACAAAGAGAGCGAAGCACUGACAAACACCCAACAGACAGACAUAGAAACAGAAGGACUGACAAACACCCAACAGACAGAGAGACGGAAGGACUAAUAAAGACCCAGGAGACAGACAAAGAGACAGAAGGACUAACAAACACCCAACAGACAGACAUAGAGACAGAAAGACUAACAAACACCCAACAGACAAACAUAGAGACAGAAGGACUUACAAAGAACCGAGAGACAGACAUGGAGACAGAAGGACUAACAAAGACCCAGGAGACAGACAAAGAGACAGAGGCACUGACAAACACCUAA